AUGUUUGUAUCAGGUCAAGCAGCUCCGCCGUCGGCAUCAGGUCCGCCACAGCGAAUGUGGAAUGAUCCUACCCAUGCAGCAUUGGCCCUCCUGGCUCAGAACCCUAACCUGUACUCGGCCGCCGCAGCGUAUGUAGUUCGCCCCAUCGUUUCGACAGCCAUUCACGGAGCUAGCAAUGCAGUCCGUGGCGCAGUUAACCGAGUCAGCAACGCCUUGGGCGCGGCAGCUGCCGCCUCAGCAAUGACCACUCCUUACGGGUACUAUGGCGACCCUUCACUAUCUGUUGCCGGCUAUCCACAAGCACACCCAAGUUACUCGGGGCUGCCAGCUGGGGCGUAUCCCGUUCCUAAUCCGCCACUUUCCAGCGGGAACGAUUAUUAUCUCAGCGGUAUGGCUCAGCCAUACGCAUCACCAGCUGCAUACACCUUUGUGCAUGGGGGACAAACAGGCUAUCCUUACCCUGUGUACACAGCUCCAUCCCUUCUUGCAGAGGUCGCGAACCAGACAGCUGGCAGCGUAGCAGGCGUCGCCGGUAUGGCUACUAACGCGGUCCGAUCUGUCGCUGGGAUCGCCUCCCAGGCAGCGCAAACGGCCACUCAGGGACUCAUGACCGGUCUUCAAACACGACCACAAAUUCCGUGGAAUGAGGCGCUCUCCAUCGCAGAGCGUUUCGUUGUUCCUAGCAUUGAAGCAAUCGCAAAGGCAGCGCCAGCUGUGGCACCCAGAACACCUCCCCCAGGAACCGACGAUCAAAAUUCGAAGCGAUUGCGACGGGGAGACAAGGGGCAGGAUAGCCAGCCGGACGAUCCGAACGCCCCUCCGCAUGGAGCGGUACCAGAGAAACGACCUCGGUUAUACGUGUCUCAAGCGGGGAACGUCCCCGCAGUCAAAUAG